ACGACCUAUGUCAACAUCAUUAUCAUUUAUCCGACCGAGGGACCUGACAUUAUCUACAAGUACUCAGAUGUUAUUCAUGGUUCCUUUAGUAAUUGAACCAAACUCAUCAUCACCACUUCCAUAGCAAAUAGCAGGAAGGGAAGGAGAAGGUGAAGGAGGCAGAGAAAACUAAUUGGAUGGCUGAGGAGCAAAGACUUGUAAUUAUUCCAAGGGUGAAGCUGGGUAAUCAAGGACUAGAGGUCUCCAAAUUAGGAUUUGGAUGUAUGGAGCUUUCUGGUGGCUACAAUGCUCCUCUUCCUGAAGAAGUUGGCAUAUCAAUCAUCAAGGAAGCAUUCAAUAGAGGAAUUACAUUUUUCGAUACUGCUGAUAUUUAUGGGUCUAACGCUAAUGAAGUUUUGAUUGGCAAGGCAUUGAAGCAAUUGCCUAGAGAGAAGAUCCAAUUGGCUACAAAAUUCGGGGUUAUUUUCAAAAAAAAUUAUGAUUAUAGGACUGCCUCAUUUAAUGGCAAACCUGAAUAUGUUCGUGCAUGCUGUGAGGCUAGCUUAAAGCGUCUUGAUGUGGACUAUAUUGACCUUUACUAUCAACAUCGCAUCGACCCGUCAGUCCCAAUAGAGGAAACCAUGGGAGAACUUAAGAAGUUAGUGGAAGAAGGGAAAAUUAAGUACAUAGGACUUUCUGAGCCAAGUCCCGAUACCAUCAAGAGAGCACACGCAGUUCACCCCAUCACUGCACUGCAAAUAGAAUGGUCACUUUGGUCUCGCGACCUCGAGGAACAAAUAAUCCCUCUUUGCAGGGAACUUGGAAUUGGAAUAGUUCCAUAUAGCCCUCUGGGUCAGGGCUUUUUUGCUGGCAAAGCAGUAGUGGAAAGCGUGCCUUCAGACACUCUGCUGAAAUUCUUCCCAAGAUUCACAGAAGAAAAUUUAAAACAGAAUAAGGUAUUAUAUAGGAGAGUAGAAAAUUUAGCUAAAAAAUAUGGAUGCAGUCCUGCUCAGCUUGCCCUUGCUUGGGUUCUCAAUCAAGGAGAUGAUGUGGUUCCCAUCCCUGGCACAACAAAGAUUAAGAAUCUGCAUGACAACAUUGGAGCAUUGAGAGUUAAGCUGACAAAAGAUGAGUUUAAGGAAGUCUCUGAUGCUGUUCCAGCCGACCAAGUUGCUGGAUUGAGAUUUUUUGACAUCAGGUAUACAUGGAAGUUUGGCAACACCCCACACAGAAAUGGCUAAUUCCCGACCUGAGUCGUCUAUCUUAGCAAGCUGUGCACUUACUGAAAUUUUGAUCUUACCAUUAAUGUCAGAAUUAUAAGAUCUCGAAUUGGAGUCUCAGUAGAAAUUAAUUAUAAUAAAUAAAUUAAUUAGCAAGCUUUACC